CACCAUGGCCUCUGGAUACACCAUGAUGGACCCCAUCUGUCUGGUGGAAAAUCAGAAUAAUCAGCUGACAGUAAAUCCAACAGCACUGGAGAUUCUUGACAAGAUGUCUCAGCCUGUGGUGGUGGUGGCCAUUGCAGGUGUGUAUCGGACAGGAAAAUCCUACCUGAUGAACCGCCUGGCAGGACAGAACCAUGGUUUUCCUCUGGGCUCCACAGUGCGGUCUGAAACCAAGGGCAUCUGGAUGUGGUGUGUACCCCACCCCUCCAAGCCCAACCACACUCUGGUCCUUCUGGACACUGAGGGCCUGGGCGAUGUGGAAAAGGGCGACUCAAAAAAUGACUCAUGGAUCUUUGCCCUGGCUGUGCUUCUGAGCAGCAUGUUUGUCUACAACAGCAUGAACACCAUCAACCACCAGGCCCUGGAGCAGCUGCACUAUGUGACUGAACUAACAAAGCUAAUCAGAGCAAAAUCCUCUCCCACCUCUGGUGAAGCAGAUGACUCAGCCGAGUUUGUGAGUUUCUUUCCAGACUUCGUUUGGGUUGUACGGGAUUUUAUGCUGGAGCUGAAGUUAGAUGGACAUACCAUCACUGAAGACGAGUACCUAGAGAAUGCCUUGAAGUUUGUUUCAGGCGAGAAUUCCAAAAUCCAGCAUUCCAAAAUGCCUAGGGAGUAUAUCAGGAAGUUCUUUCCCAAGAGAAAGUGCUUUACUUUUGAACGCCCUACAAAUAACAUAAGCUUGUUACAACAUAUGGAGGGGGUGUCAGAAAACCAACUGGAGAGCAGGUUCCAGGUUCAAACCAAAAAUUUCUGUAACUACAUCUUCACAGCUGCAAAAACCAAGACCCUCAGAGAGGGAAUCAUUGUCACCGGAAAUCGUGAGUCUCCUUUGUUACAGCAUGUCCUUCUGCAUUUUUCUUCAUAUGCUCGGCGCCGGCCCUCGCGCUCUGCUGCUGCCGGCCAUGGGUCGCUCCUGCGGGACGGCGCGCACCGGGCGCACUCCCUGGCCCGCCAGAUGAAGGCGAAGCAGGGGCGGCUGGACCUGGAUGAGAUCCACCGCGAGCUGCGGCCCCAGGUUCUCCCCACGGCCCCGGCCGGGAUGCGGGUGCCCAGCCAGACCCGGACCUGCCGGAAUUUAGCAGCCAUGCAGAAGGCAGCCAACCACUUCAGCGAGCAGAUGGCCCAGAGAGUGAACUUCCCCACAGACACUCUGCAGGAGCUGCUGGACCUUCACACAGCCUGUGAGAGGGAAGCCGUUGCAAUCUUCAUGGAGCACUCCUUCAAGGAUGACAGCCAGGUGUUCCAAAAGAAGCUUCAGGGCAUCAUAAAGAAAAAGAAGAAAAAUUUCUUGCUGAAGAAUGAAGAGGAAUCUCUCAAAUAUUGCCAGGCUCAGCUUACACAACUUUCAGAGCCGCUGAUGGAAGGCAUUUUGAGAGGAACUUUCUCUGUACCUGGAGGAUACAUUCUUUACUCAGAGGAAAUGAACAAGGUUGAACAGUCCUAUGAAUUGGUGCCCAGGAAAGGAGUGAAGGCAAUGGAGGUCCUCCAGAACUUCAAGCAGUCACAGGCUGCAACAAAGGAAUCCAUCAUGCAGGCUGACAAGACCCUCACUGCUGGGGAGAAGGCUUUAAAAGCUGAACAAGCCAAAACAGAGGAAUUGGAAAGAAAACAGGAGAUGCUAACACAGACACUGAAUGAAACACAGCAAAAAAUGGAGGCUGUAGAGAGAAGCUACCAGGAAAACAUUGCCCAGCUGAAUGAGAAGAUGAGAGAGCAAAAAAACAAACUGAAAGAGCAGGAAAAAAUUGUGCAGCACAUGCUGAUGAAGAAGGAAGAGAUGCAAAAAGAGAAAUACAAGAAAAUGAUCAAGAAACUUCAAGAUGAAUUAAAGGUUUUGGAGGAGAAAAUGAAAGAAACAAAAUGUUUCCCUCUGGGCUCCACAGGCACCAUAGAGAAAAAGAAGGAAGAUUUCUUGCUGCAGAAUGAAGAGGCAUCUGCCAAAUAUUGCCAGGCUCAGCUUAAACAGCUUUCAGAGCCACUGUUGGAAAACAUUUUGAGAGGAACUUUCUCUGUGCCAGGAGGAUACAAUCUCUACAUAAAAGAAAUGGACAAGGUUGAACAUUCCUAUAACCUGGUACCCAGGAAAGGAGUGAAGCUGGGCAUGCCAAGAAGCAGGCAGUGGGAAAAGGAAAUGCAGCUAGUGAGACAGACAUUGAAUGAACUCCAGCAAAAAAUGAAGGCUCAAGAGAAAAUCUUUCAGGGAAAACUUAGUCCAGAUGAAGAAGAUAAAGACAGAAAUAGAAAGCCAAUGGAGAAAUCAGGAAAGAAUGCUAAAGCAAAAUAUGGAGGCACUGGGCAGUCUAUGCGCUCUGGAUUUCUCAAACUUCUCUAUGACAAUUACCCAGCAAUGAAGCCUUUGUCUCACAGUGAAAUUACAAUGUUUAAUAUGCUUAAGGAAAGAGAAUAUAUUUGUCAAUGA